CACGUUUUCGUUGAGCUAUGGCGCAUCAUAGAGGAUGAUAGAAGCUUCGACAAAACCCUAUUCAACCAGCUGAGCGAGAGUGAGCGUGAUUUAAUGGCUUAUGCCAUCAAGAAAUGCAAGGUCGAUUCUCGUGAGUUUGAGCGAACCUACAAUCUCACAAUUAGCCGUCAUGUCGAUCGAUUGAAUAUGAUCCAGUCGGCGAUCACAAUCGGAAACGAUGCACCAGCCCUUAGGGCUGAGAUGAAGGAAAUUCUCGAUAAGCUAUACCAGAAAGGCGUCUUCUCCCAUCAAUUCUACGCUAGCUUCAAAAACUAUUUUGAUCCUAACGCGUAA